AUGCCUCCCAGAUCUACCUUGACCUCGUCCUUUUCCAUCACAGACUCUCAGAAUGAGGUCGUCUGCCCGCUCCGAAACCAGGACGGCUCAAGCUGUCGCAAACGAUGCAUCGGCGAAAAGAGAUACCGCUCCAUGCAGGAGCAUAUUCGCCGUGCGCAUCCUGAGCAUUACAUCUCCAAGCUUCCCGCUACUGAGGAAAGCUUCCUGCUCAUGAUCAACACCCCGGCGCAAGACCGCCGCCAGGAUGGAACGCCAACCACAGCUGCUUCCAGUUUCCACGAUCGCCAUUCAUUCUAUAGGGACGAAUCGAGCAAUCCCGGGACGCCGCGGCACGAUGACCAGCCACUGCCCGGCACCAGCUCCAUUCUCGGAACCGCCAGUGCAGCAGCCGCCCUGGCUGAUUUAAAGAGGGAAUCCGACAUGGAGGGAUACUAUUCCGACCUGGAUGCUCGGCGCAGGCCUAGAAAGUCCAUUGAGCUGCCGCCCAUCAACUUCAACAACAUCACGAGCGAUCCGUUUUCCAACAGGCCUCGCGAGAUUCUGCCUUCUCUUCUAAACGUCUCACCACCCGGGCGAUCCUCCACUUUACCUCCACUCCAGCGCCCAUUGGGACCUAGCCGGCCUCGCAAGCAGUCAAUAUCCAAGAAGAAUCGCGAAUCCCAACACAAGAAGAAGCCCUCGCGCGGCACUGCGGCAGAUUGGCUACGGCGCAUCCAAAACGAAAGCAUCGGGCCCGGCGGCCGCGAUCGAAAGGCUCUCUCUGCCGAGCCUUCCGCCGACUAUGGCAAACGCUGGGAGGAUCUGAUUGAUGCGGCGGACCAGGCCGCAUCUGCAGCGGGCGACGUCAACGAGGACCGCACUCCGGUAAGCCGCGCUGACGAGGAGAAAUGGGCUCAUCUAUGUUCCACAGCAGUAUCUCUAACUCUGUCAAAGAUGCCUCAAUCCCCCGUCUCAAUCCACCGGGCAUCUCUGCCUCCCUUCAGCCACCCCCAGUUCCACUCCGCCGCCAGCAACAAUUACCAAGCUUCUCCCUUGCAGCAAGCCCUGACACCGCCCUCGUACAAUCAGGAUGUGAUUGAGCCUUUCCCGUCCGUUGAGAGCGGCGAGAGCGGAGAAAACUUCCACAUUGGGUCUCGCGGGUUGCCCGACUCUUCUCCGACCUACAACUCGCAAAACAUCCAAAUCUACUGUGCUGCCUGUCAUGGCAUUUCUCUGCUCAAGAAUUCGUAUGCCUGUACGGAAUGCAUCUGCGGACUGUGCUCGAGCUGCGUCGAGGUUCUCAUGUCUGAGCAUGGAGCCCGGAGAAAGUGCCCUCGCUGUGCCACAAUUGGCGGCCGCUACAAGCCCUUCCAAUUGGACAUUAGAUGA